ACCUCAAAUACCGGUAUCCUUUCUGUAACCAGGCGAGCAGAUAUAGAGGUCAUAUUCAUGAAAUCUUACAAAGGCUACUUACUACUUACAGUAACUGAAUACCUAAGUCUAAUCUUCACAUGUGUAAUGGUUGAUGACAGCAUGGGGGUGGAAGUGAAUGGUGUGUCGGUGGAGAUUGUGAAGGAGUUGAACGACAACAGCUAUGACGCGGUGAUCCUCGUCACGUCUCCGAAGGUGGCUCCUGUGCAAGCCCUGGAGGACUUUGUUGUGGCCGCCGUGCAGAUUGAUAAAGGCUUGGAAAAGGUGCCGGCUGUGCUGAGUUGCCCCCGUGUGUCGGGGGGCCGCCUCGUCGUGUCGCCCACCGGACCCAUCACCCCUUACGAUGAUGUCAGGUCAAUAUCCGAGGCGGCCAAGCGCGGCCUCGAGCGGGCCAUGCAAGCCGGCGCGCGCCGCCCCGUGCUAGUCCUGCAGCCGCACCCGCAGUUCAAGCAGGCUGAACUCGUUGUGCUGUUGGCUGCUUUAGAAGCUCUUUAUGUGCCCAUCCAGAUCCGUGAGCUGUGUCCCGACAAGCGCGUGAAACUGCGCGGCCUGGGGAUAUACGGAGAAGGGGUUAAAGGGCUGGAGGUGACACUGAAGAAUGCCGUGGCUCUGGAGGCGGGCAGGGCUGUAGCACGCGACAUAGGCGGUGGCGACCCCGAACGCAUGACGCCUAUAGCCGUGGCCGAAUACGUCACUGCACUGUUCAAGGACACAUCUGUCAGUGUCAGAGUGGUGUCAGACAGGACGGUGUUUGAGAAGGAGUACCCGCUUUAUGCCGCAGUUGAUAGGGCUGCUAGCGGCGUGGCCAGGCAUAAGGGUCGCAUCAUAUUCUUGGAGUACACUCCUUCACAGUAUGAAGAGACAGUGAUGCUCGUAGGAAAGGGUGUGACGUACGACACGGGCGGCUGCGACAUCAAGGCGGGCGGCGUGAUGGCGGGCAUGUCGAGAGACAAGUGCGGUGCCGCCGCCGUCGCCGGGUUCGUCAAGGCCUGUCAGCUCCUGCAGCCCCGCCUCAAGGUCGUGGCCGCUCUCAGCAUGGCGCGCAACUCGGUGGGCGCGGACGCGUACGUCGCGGACGAACUGAUCACAAGCCGCAGCGGGCGAACUGUCCGCGUGGGGAACACUGACGCCGAGGGACGCAUGAUCAUGGCUGACCUGCUGUUUGAGAUGAAAGAGCGAGCAGUAAACGAGAAAAACCCCCACAUCUACACGGUAGCCACGCUGACCGGCCACGCCAUCCGCGCCGUCGGCCUCGGGUACACCAUCGUGAUGGACAACCACGCCGCCAGAUACAAGGACCACGCGCGACAGUUCCAACUGGCCGGCGAGGCGGUCGGUGACAUGGUGGAGGUGUCCACCAUCAGAAGAGAAGACUUGAAGGUGCACCGCGGCCAGGCUGAGUUCGAAGAUGUCCACCAAGCCUUGAACCAGCCCUCGUCUGCUGUGCCCAGAGGACACCAGGGCCCGGCAGGCUUCUUACUCCUGACCUCAGACCUCGACGUGGCCGACAUUCCCUACAGCCACCUCGACGUGGCGGGCUCCGGGGGCUGCCUGCCCGACCCCCCCACUGGCUCCCCUGUGCUGGCGCUGGCUAACAAAUACGGACUUUUGCAUGCUUAGAGAUUGGAUUUGAUGUUGGGAAAUAGUAGAGAAACCUGACCCCCCUCUCAUAGUAACAAUGCUUCUGAGAAGGGUCAGAUUUCUCUGACGUGUUCUAUAACUGUAAUGCUGUGUCCGCACAGCGAUAUUUCACCGCGUGGUUUUUUUCUCGCAGUUCUGUAACACGUUGAAUAUUAUACGAGUACUGGCGGUAAAAAAACGCAUAUCGGUGAAUACAAGUGUUGGAAUAUAAUUCGCGAGAAUUUAUUAAUCGCGCGGUGAUAUAUCGCUGUGCGUACAGCCUAACUAUAGACAUGACAGUGAGACCUAUUCUGAAGACACAAAA